CUCUACUGCUGCUGCAGCACCACGAGUGCUGAGGUGUCUUCAUGUCGUCUUUCAUGCAGGACACAAGAGAUCCCGAGGAAGAGCUUGGCCUCUUGGAGCUGCUUGGCGAGGGAUCGUAUGGAGCCGUGUACCGAGCCGAGCGACGAACGGAUGACAUGGAGGUAGCUGUUAAGAUCAUCCCUGCAGAUAAUCCUGCCGACUUGCUGAAAGAGGUGGAUAUAAUGUUGGCGUGCACAAGCCCGUACAUCGUACGUCUGCACGACUGCUUCUAUAAGGACAACGAAGCGUGGUUGGUGAUGGACUUUGUGGGCGGAGGGAGCGUGUGCGACAUUCUCGAGGCGUGCCAAGUAACGCUGUCAGAGGACGAGGCGAGAGAGUGCACCGCGUGGACCGUGCUUGCUCUGGACUACUUGCACAGCAACAGGAAGUUGCACCGGGAUGUGAAGGCCGGAAACAUCCUUCUGACGCUUGACGGGCGAGCAAAGCUGGCGGAUUUUGGCGUUUCGAAAGAGGUCAACACGAUGGCGAAUAAAGCCCAGACAGUUAUUGGCACUCCUUAUUGGAUGGCGCCAGAAGUAAUUCAGGAGGUUCCGUAUAAUGGCCAAGCAGAUAUUUGGUCUCUGGCAAUCACCUGCAUUGAGAUGGUGGAGGGUAACCCGCCUCUGCACAACGUGCACCCAAUGCGAGCCAUCUUCAUGAUACCGUCCAAACCAAGUCCGACGUUGUCCGAGCCCGCUAAAUGGUCGCUGGAGUUCAACGACUUUGUCGGCAGGUGCUUGGAGAAGAAGCCGGAUGACCGCCCUUCGUCAAGGGCUAUCUUACGGCAUCCCUGGAUUGCAGCGAGCGUGGAAGCUAUCCAAAGUUGCGAUGGAGAGAGAGGGUCCGCUGUCAUCCAGGACUUGGUCGCCGAACAUUUGCCUGUGUUGAAAAGGUUUCGAGAGGAAGCUAGUGAUGCCAAGGCCAACAUGGCAGGCCAAGAGAGCAGCGAAGAUUGCAGCGGUAGCAAGACGGCUACAUUGCGACGAAUGAGCAGCACAAAAGGUGGGGAUGUCUUCCGAGCAAACGGGUCACCUGAUGCAAGGGUUCCUGGUUCUCAUGGCGACGGAGCGGAUGCAGAUGGUAGGAUGCCGGAGCAAGAAGAUGAAUGUGACGAUGAGGACUCUGGAGGUGACGAGUGCAGUUCAGACGGCAGCGUCAUCAGGGUUCCGAUUGGCGGCGGCGAGGAGGCAGAGGAGGGGGAGGAGGAUUGCUACAGCUCUAGUGGGAGUGUGAUCCGAGUUGAUGCGAACGAGGAUGAUGGUGGCGUUCUCAAAACGGCCGGUGGUAGCAAUGCUGACGAAGAUGAUGGCUUCAGCUCAGAUGGUAGUGUGAUCAGGGUGCCUGCAAGCAAAGCGGGAUGUGGCGGUGAUCGGUCUGGCCAGCGGCCGAAGGAUGAGUCACCACCAGAGGACGAUCCUGCGGCUGAUGGAGGUUGUGGGAGGAGAGGGUGGGAGGGCCAGGGCCACGAUGGAAACGUCGUCGAGCCAAGGAGUGCAAGCCAGGCGCCAGCCCAUAUGAAGAUGAAUCUUCUAGCGGCCAGUAAAUACUUUGGCAGAAAGGGUGGAGCAUCGGACGGUGGUCCUGGUGCUGCGGCGCGUGAAUCGCAGCAGGCAGAUGAUAACCCGCAGGUCAAGGCUUUGCUGGACGAGUUAGAAAGGCUUGAUGUCACAUUCGCGAACGACCUCUCCCGGCUAAAAGAUACGUACGACCGUUCAAGGGCCAGCCUCCAAGCGAAACUUCGGCAUUUAUUGGACAGCAGUAAUGCUGCCGUAGGAUAGGCCACCCGCGGGCGCUCAGUUAGGUUUGCAGUCAUGGUCGUCUCCGCCCCACUCUUGACUACUCAGAGAUAGAUAUAUAUAUAUAUAUAUAUAGAGAGAGAGAGGGAGAGGGAGAGAGAGAGAGAGAGCGUAUUGUGGUCGGUCAUCGUUCAGAUUUAAUUUAUGUUCACUGUGGCACGUAUGGAGAUUGUUUGACUGGCUGAGUUGCUGUACUGAGAAGUUGGGAAGAAGCCCUCUUGUUCCUUUUCUUCCUACGCGUAUAGCGGGUUUGGCGUUGUCGAUAAUCCAAGCAAAAACGUGCCAGCUUGAGCAUCACUACGUACAUACGACGUCCCACGCAGAAAUUUCUAGCUGGAGCGGUC